AAGUGGCGCUUGGCAUUUGGCAUGCGCAUAUUACAGAGGUAGACCAGUGUUUAGCCGACGGCAUUGAAUUGUAAACAUUAGCAACCCGGGCGACUACUUUCUGUCUUUGGAAUGGAAAUAUAAGGUCAACCCAAGGUGUGGGACCAAACAUUGUUCUUCAGUGCAUGGACGCAAAGCCAAUGCGCAGGGUCACCAGCGCACGCCAAGACGCCACUGGAAUGGACAUCACCAGCCGCUGUACUCUGGGGGACCCCAACAAGCUCCCUGAAGGGGUCCCCCAGCCUGCACGCAUGCCCUAUGUCUCGGACAAACACCCCCGACAGACCCUGGAGGUGAUCAACCUGUUGAGAAAACACCGUGAGCUCUGUGACGUGGUGCUGGUGGUGGGUGCCAAGAAGAUCUACGCUCACCGCGUGAUUCUGUCUGCCUGCAGCCCCUACUUCAGGGCGAUGUUCACUGGAGAGCUGGCUGAGAGCAGGCAGACAGAAGUGGUUAUCCGCGACAUCGAUGAGAGAGCCAUGGAGCUGCUCAUUGACUUUGCCUACACCUCCCAGGUGACAGUAGAGGAGGGAAAUGUCCAGACGUUGCUCCCUGCGGCCUGCCUUCUCCAGCUGGCUGAGAUCCAGGAGGCCUGCUGCGAGUUCCUCAAGAGACAGCUGGAUCCCUCCAACUGUCUGGGCAUCAGGGCCUUCGCAGACACACACUCCUGCCGCGAGCUGCUGCGCAUUGCAGACAAGUUCACCCAGCACAACUUUCAGGAGGUAAUGGAAAGUGAGGAGUUCAUGCUGCUGCCUGCCAACCAGUUGAUUGACAUCAUUUCCAGCGAUGAGCUCAAUGUGCGGAGCGAGGAGCAGGUUUUUAACGCUGUGAUGGCCUGGGUGAAAUACAGCAUCCAGGAACGCAGACCACAGCUACCCCAGGUCCUGCAGCAUGUCCGUCUCCCACUGCUCAGCCCCAAGUUCCUGGUGGGCACCGUUGGGUCCGACCCUCUUAUUAAGAGUGACGAGGAGUGCAGAGACCUGGUUGAUGAGGCGAAGAAUUACCUGCUGCUGCCGCAGGAGAGGCCACUGAUGCAGGGCCCCAGAACCCGGCCGAGGAAACCCAUCCGCUGUGGAGAGGUACUCUUUGCAGUUGGUGGUUGGUGCAGCGGUGACGCCAUCUCCAGCGUGGAGCGUUACGAUCCCCAGACCAACGAGUGGCGGAUGGUGGCGUCGAUGAGUAAACGGCGAUGUGGCGUCGGCGUCAGUGUUCUGGAUGACUUGCUGUAUGCGGUGGGAGGUCACGACGGCUCGUCGUACCUCAACUCUGUGGAGAGAUAUGAUCCUAAGACCAAUCAGUGGAGCAGUGAUGUGGCCCCCACUAGCACUUGUCGCACCAGUGUAGGAGUGGCUGUCCUCGGUGGUUAUCUGUAUGCUGUCGGGGGACAGGAUGGGGUUUCCUGUCUCAACAUUGUAGAAAGGUAUGAUCCUAAGGAGAACAAAUGGACUCGUGUGGCCUCCAUGAGCACCAGGCGACUGGGUGUAGCUGUGGCUGUGCUGGGGGGCUUCCUGUACGCUGUAGGAGGGUCUGAUGGGACGUCACCAUUAAAUACAGUGGAACGCUACAACCCUCAAGAGAACCGCUGGCACACGGUGUCGCCGAUGGGAACCAGGAGAAAGCACCUCGGCUGUGCCGUCUACCAGGACAUGAUUUACUCUGUCGGGGGGAGAGACGACACCACAGAGCUGAGCAGCGCUGAGCGAUACAACCCCAGGACAAACCAGUGGUCUCCUGUAGUGGCCAUGACGUCCAGACGGAGCGGGGUGGGCUUGGCUGUAGUAAAUGGUCAGCUGAUGGCAGUGGGAGGCUUCGAUGGGACGACGUAUCUAAAAACUAUAGAAGUCUACGACCCUGAUGCAAACACAUGGAGGUUGUACGGAGGAAUGAACUACCGCCGGCUAGGUGGGGGGGUGGGCGUCAUUAAAAUGACUCACUGUGAAUCCCACAUAUGGUAACACCAAUAUCUCCCCCGCCACCCCCUCACACACUUCUCAUCAUGUUGCAAUGGAUGCCUCUUCACCAACUCUUGUGCCUCCAAAAGAGACGCUGUAAUUUAUGCGAGCAUGAGAAAAACACGCGGGGACACAAGGCGGAAAGAGGAAACUUUGAACAUCCCCAGCCCCACUGUGAGGACAUUACCUUUUGGAAUACUCUGGUUGUCCUCAUUGACUGACCACGGUCUCCAUGAAGUGCACUGAGAGCAGAGGUCUACUAAUGACCUCACCAAGUUUUCACCCUCCAAGCCUCUCGGUCCGGGACAUUUGAUUCGGCGUGUGCGACGGAACUCAACCCGACCAUAUUGCUGCUGAGGGAGAUCAGCUUACAUUUGUUGGAAUAUGCUUUUUUUUCAGUCUGUCCCAACUGUGAAAGCCUCUAUCACCUUCCCUUGUGUUAAAAUGCCAGACCCCCCAAAUUCUGGUUACUGACCACCGCCCUCAAUGAGUAAAAAACAAACCAACAAAAAACAGCCAGGGGACCAGCAAACCUUCUGUUCAUUGUGUAAGAUUGAUUAUUUCCUGGAGACACAACAUUGCAUUCUGACUGUCGGAGGUAAAUCCACUCUCUCGUUUUUUACAUAUAUCUCAGCUGUGGCUGUCGCGUCUCUGGGCCUCAUUUGUAGCAUUAAGCAGUGGAAAGCUGUCAGGCAGUUAUCUUCUCAAAGUAGAUACCCAGAUAGGGCAAACUGAAUGUAUUUUACUAGGCAAGAUGGGUAGCAUUAGAAGGAUGUGUAUGAGGAAGUCCCAACAUUUUCUCCCAAACUUACUGUCGUUGGAUGAGGCUCUGCUGCUGCAGUUUACAGGAGGUUACUGUGGCUGUUUGUGACGUUGGGUGUUUGAAGAUUUCAGUUCAGAUGCUGACAGUGUGUUUUUAAAGGAUCACCUUAACCCUUCAGUGGAAAGGACUUAGACACCAGAGUCAUCCAAUGGUGUUGCUGUUUUUUUUUUUUUGCGUAUAUAACAGUGUGCAUUUUCAGAAAGGCAUUCAUGGUGUUGCAUUCAGUUUUACGCUCUAACAUUGCAUUGUAAAGACAGGGAAAAAAAAAAAGAA